GGACAGAGCGUUGACAACUGAUUAUCUUAUUAAUCUAAUGUAGUUGUUAAAUGUAAAUAAUCUUUCAUCCGUUUGGAUUACACAACGUCAGCUGUGAAUCUACUAAUAUCUACUGUUUGACGACGUGAUCACGCGUGCCUGUGUGUCUGAAUACGUCGUUUACCUUAAAUUCUCUCAGAUAAAAAUUUGUGCGAGUCUCGUGCUACAUUAUCUUGUUGAUAUAUACGGAAUAAUGAGUAAUCCGGUUGACGUACACGAUCUGUCCAAACUGACCGUAGGGUUCGUUGGGGGUGGAAACAUGGCUUAUGCCAUUGCGGCUGGUUUGAUUUCAAAAGGUGUUCUUAAGCCCGGUCAAAUUAUUGUCUCUGCAAAAUCUCUUGCAAAUAUGCAAACACGUUGGAAACCUCUGAACGUGACCAGGUGUACGAUUAAAAGUGUUGAAGUUUUGACUCAAGCAGAUAUUAUUUUCCUUUGCGUGAAACCUCAUGUCUUGUCAGAAUGUGCAACACAAAUAGUCAACGAUGCAAAGGGAAUCGAUUGCGCGCAUAAGAUAUUAGUAUCUAUCUUAGCCGGAGUUACCUUGAAAAGAUUGAACGAUGUUUUCGGCAGCUUGGGGAUACCGAUUGUUCGAACGAUGCCAAAUACUCCGAUGCAGGUAGCAGAGGGUUGUACUGUGUUUUGCGCAAAGUUUGGUGCAUCACAACAGUACGAAAAUGUCAAAUUCAUAUUGAAUCAGUUGGGAAUUGCGUUCGAAGUUAAGGAAGAGCAAAUUAACGGAAUAACGGGUUUGACUGGAUGCGGUCCUGCCUACGUGUAUGAAAUUAUCGAAGCUCUAGCCGAUGGUGCCGUAAAGCAGGGCGUUUCCAGGGAUAUGGCACUGAAAAUGGCUGCUCAAACGGUUAUGGGAGCCGCCAAAACUGUGCUUGAAACCGGGAAGCAUCCUGCUGUUCUCAAAGAUGAAGUUUGUUCGCCUGGUGGAGCAACUAUCUAUGGAGUUCAUGAGCUGGAGAAAGGAGCAAUGCGCAGCACGUUGAUUAACGCUGUCGAAAAAGCAUCCGCCAGGGCGGCAGAAUUACAAUGAUUCGACAUUACAAUUUGCAUUUCUAUGUUAGUCAGUUUUCGUGUUGAAAAAUACGAUGUUAGUCUCUCUUUGCUUUAAUAUGUUACCAAUGAGAAAAUUACAUUGAAAGUUCUUCAAAUA